UGUUAGAUGUUAUUGUUGAUUUAUCCCUAAAUCUAGACCAAUUACAUUGACAGUUGUACAACUGUUGAGCAAUUGGUCAAUAGAUGCGUUGUCCAUUGUCCAUUGUCUCUAGUAGUAUAUAGAAGCUGUGAGUAUAACUCAACAAUAAGUCAGCCAUAUUUUAUUUGUAAGUAAUAUAACUCAACAACAAAGUAGUUAACUUGUUAUUUUCAGGUUAUCUAAAGCCAGUUGCACACGAUGUUGGAUUGCUGCUGGAUGGAAAUACUCUAUUCUGAUUGGUCCGUCUUCAGAAAUGCACCAAUCAUAACAGAAUAUUUCCAUCCAGCAAGCAAUCCAGAUGAAAACAAGCAUCGUGUGCCACUGGCUUAAUAUAGCAAGUACGGCAAUUAUUUAAACACUGUUAAUAGUUUCGAUAUUGUAAAUGAUAUCGAGCUAUAAUUAAUUGAUAGUUAUAAUUAAUUGUUUCCGACAUAUGAGUCAGUCUUACUGAUUGUGAUCAAGAUGCAUGUAAAGAAAUAUAUUCAUCCAAGGAACAAAUAUAAAAAAUCGCCUGAUUACAAGAAACUUGCGAUCAUGUACCCGGAGUUUCGUGAAGUUGCAAUCACGGAUCUCACAGGAAAAGUCAAGAUUGAUUUCAAAAAAAAGGAGAGUGUUCGUGUGCUCACAGAGACACUUUUAAAACAUGACUUUGAUCUGCAUGUAAGCAUACCACCUGACAAAUUAAACCCAGCACUUACACUUCGCAUGAAUUAUGUUCUGUGGAUUGAGGACUUGAUGAAACAUUCUAAACUUACGAUGGAUAAGACCACAGGAAUAGACAUUGGCACUGGAGCAAUUAGUAUAUAUGCUCUGUUACUAGCCAAAAUUUAUAAAUGUCACAUGAUUGGCACAGAAGUAGACAAGGAGAGUAUAAAUCAUGCAGAAAAUUGCAUAAGGAAAAACAAUCUGCAAGACUUGAUCAAAGUGGUCACAGUGAACUCUGAUAGCAUUUUUAAGAACGCAGUGGAAAAAGAUAAAGUUUACGACUUUUCCAUGUGUAAUCCACCCUUCUUUGAGAAUGAAGGAGAUGGUGAAAGAGUUGCAAAAGCUUUACCACCCAGAAAUGCGCCAACUGGAAAUGAAGGCGAGUUGAAGACUAAGGGUGGCGAAUUAGCAUUUGUGACGAGGAUGAUUGAGGAGAGUAUUGAGCUGGGAGAUCGAAUAAAAGUCUAUAGCACAAUGAUAGGGAAGAAAGUAGACUUUUUUUGUCUUAAGAAGGUGAUAAGAUCUAACAAUAUAAAGAAUGUGACAUGGACGGUAUUCUGCCAGGGUCAUACAACACGAUGGGGUUUGGCUUGGAGUUUCCUACCUAAAAAUGUCUUGGACUUAAACACCGCACCUGUUAUUAGAAAGGCUGAGAAAUCCGUAAUGCCAUUGUUCGAGAACAAGACCUCGAUAACGUUUCCUAUGAAUGAUAAAUUUUCCUGCAUGGAUGAUGUGAUUAGUUUCCUAAAUUCAACAGCAAAAGAGUUAAAUAUUGAAUUGCAAGAAGUACCGAUCUCCGAGGACAAUUUCGACGGAUGGGUGUGUCAACUGACCGCUAAAGAAAAGACAUGGGAGCACGCGCGCAGAAAACGACGAUUGACACAACAGCUUGCGUUAAAAAAGCUGAAAGAGUCAGACGGUGAAUGUGUUAAAACAAGCGUUAACACGAAAGAAACUUCUGACACAAUAAUUACUGCAGAAGAGAACAUCAAUAUCAAGCAAGCUAAUGAGAAGCUCUCAGAGGAAACGUUAUCAGCGAGGAAAGAAAAAUAUGGCGAAAGUUCGAGCGAAUGUGUUCCUUUGCUAACUUGCGAGCUUUGGGUAGAAAUAGAAAGCUCGGAAAUUGAAGAGACAGUUCCAGAAGAUGACUUAUUCAGGAUAUGGAUGAUUUUUGAGAACGGAAGUGGUGGUUUGGAAGCGUUACAGUCGUUGCGGCAAUAUCUGAUGAACAGAUUAGGAGUGAAGAGAACGAGUCUUCACGAUCCGUCGAAAUCGGUCAAAAAAAGAAGAAAGAAGAUGAAAAGAAAUACUGGCGAAGAUGUUACUGUACCACUGAAUCAAUCAUAAAGUGUUAUAUUAUUUAUACGUUUGCUCUAGGAAUUUGUAGCUCGACUAAGUGCAAAUCAUUAUAUAUAAAAUGUUUUAUUUCAUGCAACAUGUGUUAACGAAAAUCCAUAUAGCGGUUGGUAAGUUCACUAAGUUUACAACUUUUUAUGAUAUAUAUGAUAUAGCUCCACUAAGCCAAACGGGCGCAUAAUAAAACAGUGUUGAGUUUAUUGUUUGUAUUUCUUAAGUGAAAAAAAAGCAGAUUUUUUCGAAUUAAUAACUGGCAAAACACAAGCGAAUUAUUUCAUAUUAUUUAUUAAUCUUUACAAAAUCUUUAAUACUGAAAAUUAAAGAUACGCCCUUUUGGAUUAGGGAGGCAGGGAAUAGGUCUUAAUCAGUUAUAUUCCUUUUUUUAUAAUACAACUUGGCUAACAAGUGCAAUGUAGUAAUUUAUUGUUAUUAUUGUUAUUGCGAUGCGAAUGAGAGCUCGUCGAAAAGAGAUCGUACAUUGUGAUGAUACAUCACUUAGCACAGCGAUAAUUUGAUCGUUCGAUCGCUCGUUCAUUCUAUUCUUACUACUAUUGCAGGCAACGGUGCUCUUCUUCUCAGGCCUAAAUUGCUUAAAAUCUACGAGAGGUCAAAAUUAAUCAGCACUAUUUUCGGUAAUCAAUGAUAUCUUGCGACUACUUCACUGUCGUUCACUUCAUCUUCUGCUCGAUAAUUAAAUCGCGACAAAACACCUACAUACAUACAUAUAUAUAUAUAUAUAUAUAUAUAUAUAUAUAUAUAUAUAUACACACACACACAC